AUGGAAGAACCCUUGAAGCCUGGGCAUCCAGGUCGGCGGUGGCAUAUGCAUUCAUGGUUGCGAAAUGACAAGAUCGACAAAGUGUCCGGUGAUGGAUGCAAGGCAUGGAACAGGCAUUCGGAAAUCGGCAGGCAAAGAAUGAUCGAGGGGGAGCCAUUGCCUCUCAUCUGGUGGUACAGUAAGUAUUCUGCCGACGACUUAAACGUAGAGCACGACAAGCAUAGCCCAUCCAUCUACAUGAAUGUGCUUCAACAAGCCGGCUCCUUCAAAAAGGCACCAGCAGCGCGGGUCAUUCUUGAAUUUGUGCCACGGAACUUGAUCCGGCAAAAGAGCAUCGUGUCGCGUUGUGGUGCUUGUCCUUGUCAUUCGUUGGUCCCUGGAGUCAAUUGUCCGGUAAUAUGGCGCUGUAUGGCAGGCAUGGCGCUGCUUGUGUCUGUGGUACCAGACAAUAAAAAAUCAAUUUUGCCAGAAUUCAUACGAACACACUUGCCAGAAGCGGGCAAUGCAUGA